UGCGUUUCUGGUCACAUGUUUGAUAUUUGAUUUGCUCUCUCGUUCCGGCUUUCCCGCUUUUGCUAAAUUUGCUUUCUGAUUAUCGUUGAUGUAUACUAUAUUUAAUACAAAGAAUUAUGCUACGUCCAUUUUCUUCUUUUCUGUUCGCCGCAGGAGAGGGAGAGAAAUCGGGAGGACCUGAACCCGAGAAUGGAGGAGAGAAACAACCACCUAAAUCCGGUCAGGAUCCUUGUGAGUGCGUGGGGUCACUGAAAGCACAAUCACUCAAGCUGGAUGAGGCCUUGGAUUCCCUCAUCAGUGCCAUGGAAAGCCUGGAGGAAGCAGCUUCAGCUAACAAGGAUCCGGGACUUCCAAGAGUGUCAUCAACUGCGUUGGCCGUCGUCGAAUCCCUUAAUGGUGACGUAAACAAAACGGCCAAAGGCAUUGCAAAGUACUGGGGUAAAUUCUGCAGAUACUUGUAUCAUCACUAUUUCGCCUGGAGACACAGUUGCCAUGUGCUUCACCGCAAAAAGAGAGAUGUGGACAACGAAAUGGACACAACAGGGCCCACAGGUAUGGAACCAACAGGGCCAACAAGUAUGGGACCAGAGACCCCAGUAGGUAUGGAACCAGCAGGACCGCUAGGUAUGGGAGCAGAAGGACCACCAGGUAUGGAACCAAUGCCAGCGGGAGAGACGGGUAGCCCUCUUUGCAUGGCGGGCGACAUGGCAGGUAUUCUGGAGGAUAUAGCCGAAGAGAUCGAAAAGGGCACGGCGCUCACCGAGCAAGCUGUCAGUGACGCUGCUAUUUCCGCUGACGCUGUCUCAGGUAUUGGGGAAAUUAUUGACGCUUUGGAAGAACAUAAGAAGACGAAUAAGGACGUUAUGAAAGAACUUGAUGGACUCCCUUGCAAGGAUUAAGCCUCCUUCUGUUAUGGUGUUCACGCUGAAGUCUUCUUUGUUUUCUUCCAACCACAUGCUUUCAUAAUGAUACAAAACACAUCUUUAAGAUUUUCAUAGCUUAUUUCCUCAUUUUUUGUCAAAAGGUUUUGUAUCAGUGAUUCCUGUAGUACUUGUGUGAUGAAAGUUUUCGUUAAAGAUUAUAACUUUUAAUCUGUAAUCUGCUAAAGUUAAGAAAUUAAUAAAAUGUCCUGUUGUAAACGAAUGAUCUAAGAUUCUCUGGAAAUUUAUCAAUAUUUAUUUGACAACUUUUGAGAUAUUGAAUCAGAUUGAAUAAAUUCAGAUCUAAAUAUCUUUUGCUUCUUUAAUCAAACUUUUUACUGAAUCAUAUGAUUCACAAGAACCCGAAAUUACCUUUAUAACUAAUUGGUUCAUAAUCACAAUGCAUUAAGAUUAAGGAAGUCCGCGAAAUAGGCUACUGGGAUGUC